AUGCUUAGUAAUGUGAAUAACAUGGAUACGAAAUUGAAUAAAUUUCUCAAUCAAUAUAAUUUAACUGAAUACGUCGAGAAAUUCGAACGACUUCCCGGUGGCUUAAUGAAUUUUACGUAUCGUUUACAUUUUAACAAUGUAUUGGAACAUACUUCAACAAUAAAAUUAAAUGAUAAUGAUAAUUUUCUCAUAUUAUUUCAUAAAUUAAAACCGAAGUCACUCAUAGCAAAAGUUACUUAUCCAUAUAUAGCUCAUUUAGGACCAGAGUUUCCCUAUCCGCUUAUUCGCCAGAUGAACGAAAAAAGAGCUCUUCAGUUAUUGAAUAACAAUCUAUCACAUGAAGUUGACAAAAACAUGAAUGAUCUUUCAUCUAUUUUCAAUCGACAUAAAACAUUGAAAAUUAGUCGUGUAUGGAUUCAUGAUGAAGAAAAUAAUAUUUUGAUUAUUGAAGAUCAAGGUCAAUUAGAAACGAUGAAAGAUUGGUUCAUCUCGACAAAUAAUUUAUUAAAUAAAUCAAUUAUGGAUACUAUUCAUGCAUAUGGUGUACAAUUGGCUAAUUUUGUUAUUGAUUUGCAAAUAUCUUCGAUAAAGUAUGUCAACUAUUUGAAACCAAUGUUUAAUACCGUUGAAGCACACAAGGCCGAUUUCCUUGAAAUACCCGGUAUAAUAGAGAAUAUUCGUGCGAAUUAUGAUUUACAUCAUAUUGAUGAACUUUGGCCGGUUGUGUCUCAAUACUAUCAGCAAGAGAUAUCCGAUUUAAUUAUUGAUGGUCGAGUUUUUGCACAUGGAGAUAUUUGGUCAUCGAAUAUUUUAAUCAAUGAAAAUGAUUCGACAUUGACAUUACUUGAUUGGGAAUGGGCUGGUAUUCGAUCACCUGCACAUGAUCCAGGCACAUUUCUUUCUCAUUGUCAUGUUCAAAUGUUAGUGAAUCCUUCGAAUGAGGGUUUGUUAUGUUUCCUCAAUACAUUUACGGAUACUUAUAGAGAAAAUGCUCAACGGCAUAAAGUUAGUUGGUACGAAAAUGAACAAGAAAAAUAUUCAUUCGCAUGGAUAUUAGGUGCUCUUCAUGCAACGAAUCUUUUGUUCUGGACAACUUUUCUAACUUGUUGCUCGACCGAAGAGAAGAUAUGUUGUCAUCGUCGUUGUCUCGUCACAGCAGCUGUUGAAUAUGCUAGGAAAUGUCAAUCAGGUCCAAACAAAACUACUUAUGAUUCUAUGUUAAAUGAUAAACUAUUUGGUAGACUUUUCCAUGCUAUUUAA